AUGGCCACCUUGGGACAACGUACCCUAGCUGAAAGUCGGCUAAAGGCCAACCAGCCAGACCAAAAACCAGACGGAACUACGGUUUCACCCGCGCCCAAGCAGGCGGAUACAGGCCUUGCUACCCAGGACAGCAGCCAACCUCCGCCCACUAAGCUCAGUGCACAGACAUUGACUGCAGCACAACCAACACCGCUUCCGCCACCGUCCCCCAAAGAACCAAGGAAGGAUGCCCCGGGUACCGGAGAGCUAUCUGACCCUGGCCACAGACACCCAGGCGCAAAGAAACUGCCGCAGCCAGGCAAGGAACAGCCACUCAGUGUCGAAGUCAAUGUUGGACCGCCACCAAUCCUUUCGCCAACAGAUUCGCCAGACAUGCUAACAUCCGAAACAGUCGUUGUCAGCAGUCCUGCCCCUGACCAAGAAGAAAAUUUUGAUGCAAUGGAUAUGGCCACUUUGCAGAGUCGCCGACUGGAUGCCCUGGAAACUGUGCAGGAUCUGACCGCACAACUAUUUAGAGCUCAGGACACGGUAUCUCGCAUUACGAAGAGACUCAAGACAAUGCAAGAGAGCCAGGCAACACCCAUGCCACCUGUGCAUCCGAGAGAAGACAUUGAAAUUGAAGGGAUGGACUAA